UCCUUCAAACAGAAACCAUGCACAGACACAUUACAUUAGUAUCGAAAUGUCUGCAUAUCGCAGCUAUUUCAGUCUUAGUAAGUGCCAAAAUCGUCCCAAAUUAUUACACAUCUUCAACAAAGAAAAGCGAUGAAAACAGUCAAUUCAAUAUUGGACAAAUUCCACAAUAUACAAACUUGAACACUGUUCAAAUGGGUGAUCUCGAAAAGUUGGUGAAGCAAAGUUUGGAACACAUCUUCAAAAAUCAGGAACUGACGAACGAUGGUAUCAAUAACUUCGGUUUAAAAACUUCAGCUAUCAAAGACUCUGGACUUGAUUUAUCUGACGAUAAAUCAGCUGAAGAUUUGGAUUUAUUAUUAUCGCCACACAUCCUGAAGGUUCCCGUACCACAACCUUACCCUGUUCAUAUUCCAGUAAAACAACCGUUUACCGUGCCCAUCUUCAAACUGGUACCCGAUGAAGUUGAAAAGAAAAUUCCCAUUCCCGUGGAAAAGCUUGUACCUGUAUACAAAGAAAAACCAGUCAAAAUUAUUGUGGAGAAACAUCAUCCAGUUCCUGUUUAUAAACCUUACCCUGUGCCGGUUCCUGUAAAUACGCAUGUUCUGGUUGGAAACAAAAAACAGCAAGCUAAGUGGUAUUAAAUUAUUAGGUGUUACAUUGUUAUUUUGUUCAUAGUAAAUUAUUUUUGUUG